CCCCGAGAUCCCUCCGCCGGCGAAAAAAAUAGUUUCGUUCCCUGCCGCCUCCCUCAGAGGCAAAGGGGAGAGCGAGGAGCGGGGAGGGGGCAGGAAGAGGAGGAAGAAAAAGAAGAAAAAAGGAGGAGAAGGCGAAAGAGAAGCGAGCCCGCGGCGGGAGCAGAGGAGCCGGGCUGCGAGCCUCCGCCCCAUGUGACUGGCGCCCAGGGUGGGGGCAGCGAGGCCUAGCAAACCCCCCUCGCUCGCGGGCGGGAGCGGCGCCGGGGGGGCUGCGCGCCGGGCGGAGGCGGCUCUCGGACCCACCGGCGCUGCUGCCGGGGAGGAUGGUGGUGUGAGGCGCGGGCAGCGCCAGGAGGGAGGAGAAGGAGGAGAAGGAGCCGGGCGAAGAGCGCGACAGAGACCGAGAGGGGAGGGGGCUUCCCCGGGGGGGGGAAGGGGGGGUCCCGGCGUUUCAUGUGGCGCGUCCCGCCCGUCUCCUCCGGCUGAAGUAGCGAGGGAGCGGCAGGCGGGCCCGCCGAGCCGCUGGGGCGAGGCGGAGGAGGAGGGCGAAGGCAGGAAGAGAGAGGUGAUCGGGGCAGAGCAGGCACGGGAGACCAUGUCCGGGCGGCCCAGGACCACCUCCUUCGCGGAGAGCUGCAAGCCGGUGCAGCAGCCCUCGGCCUUCGGCAGCAUGAAAGUUAGCCGAGACAAAGAUGGCAGCAAAGUGACUACAGUAGUAGCAACUCCUGGACAAGGUCCAGACCGACCGCAAGAAGUUAGCUACACAGACACCAAGGUGAUUGGAAAUGGAUCUUUUGGUGUUGUGUAUCAAGCCAAACUCUGUGAUUCAGGAGAGCUUGUGGCCAUUAAGAAGGUCCUGCAGGAUAAAAGAUUUAAGAACCGAGAGCUCCAGAUUAUGAGAAAGUUGGAUCAUUGUAACAUUGUUCGAUUGCGUUAUUUCUUCUACUCUAGUGGAGAGAAGAAAGAUGAGGUGUACCUCAACUUGGUGCUGGACUACGUUCCUGAAACAGUAUACAGAGUUGCCAGACAUUAUAGUCGGGCCAAACAGACACUCCCUAUGAUUUAUGUCAAGUUGUACAUGUAUCAGCUGUUCCGGAGUUUAGCCUAUAUCCAUUCCUUUGGGAUCUGCCACCGGGAUAUAAAACCACAGAACCUCUUGCUGGACCCUGAUACAGCUGUUCUAAAACUCUGCGACUUUGGAAGUGCAAAACAGCUGGUUCGUGGAGAACCUAAUGUCUCAUACAUCUGCUCUCGGUACUACAGGGCACCAGAGUUGAUCUUUGGAGCCACCGAUUAUACCUCCAGUAUAGAUGUGUGGUCAGCAGGCUGUGUAUUGGCUGAACUGUUACUAGGACAACCAAUCUUUCCAGGUGACAGUGGUGUGGAUCAGUUGGUGGAAAUAAUCAAGGUUCUGGGAACGCCUACAAGGGAGCAAAUUAGAGAAAUGAAUCCAAACUAUACUGAAUUCAAAUUCCCCCAGAUUAAGGCACAUCCAUGGACUAAGGACUCGUCAGGAACAGGACAUUUCACCUCAGGAGUACGGGUCUUCCGGCCCCGCACUCCACCAGAAGCGAUUGCGCUAUGUAGCCGCCUGUUGGAGUACACCCCCACUGCCCGCCUGACUCCCCUGGAGGCCUGUGCACACUCUUUCUUCGAUGAACUACGGGACCCAAAUGUCAAGUUACCAAAUGGGCGAGAUAAACCUGCACUCUUCAACUUCACCACUCAAGAACUGUCAAGUAACCCAUCUCUGGCUUCGAUCCUCAUCCCUGCUCAUGCCCGGAACCAAGCAGCUGCUUCAACCCCUACAAACGCUACAGCAGCCUCAGAUGUUAACGCAGGAGGAGAACGAGUUCAGACCAAUAGUGUAGCUACAGCAUCAGCCUCCAACUCCACCUGAACCGGUACCAAGCAGCCAGCUGCACAGGAAAAAUCACCAGUAAUUUGAGUCUUGCUCAGCAACACUGGUCACAUUUGGAAAGAAAAUUAAAAAGAGGAAAAAAAAAAAAAAGCAACCAACCAACCUGUUCAUUUUAGUGUUCAAUUUUUUAUUAUUAUUAUUGUUGUUCUUAUUUAACCUUGUAAAAUAGCUAUAAAUACAAACCAGUUUCAUUGUAUUCUCACUCUGCAGGGUGUCCGGGGCAGGGGACUAGGUGGGGGGAGGAGGGAAAGCGGAGCAAUACAACACACCGAUGUCUCUCCCCUCGACAAUCUCUUCAUGUUGGAAGUUUGCUGUUGUGUACUUCAGAACCAGGACUCUUGCCUCAUGCCCCCUCCCACAACAGAAAGAAGGAAAAAAAAAACUAAACUUAAAAAAAAAGAAACAAAAACAACCAAACCCAAACCUCAUUCUCUGCUGAAGUUCCUUUUUUUUUUUUUUUUUAACCUCUUUUUUUAUUUUCUUUUUAAGUGAAGUUUUGGACUUCGAUGUAGUGCACAGCUUGAAUUUGGUCGGGAGCUUAGCAGGGGUCAUUCAACAGAGCUCAGCGUUUCUUGUCAGUGAAUCCAUAUCCCAGGUGGUCUGAAGAACUGCCCCAGCUCGGGAUGGGGGAGCCAGCAACGUGGUAGGAAAAUAGGUUGCCAUGGGGUGGGGGGAGGGUUUGCCUUGUGUCGAAAGCUUGAACCGCUAGUGGAAGCCUUGCAUUGUAAAAAUCAGUGCUAGCAACGAAGCAACCUGCAGCUUCACUAUGGGAGAAGUGUCACCCGAGUGGGUUCUAUAUAAUAUAAUACACACACAUGCACGAACACGAGCGGUUAGCUUUACUGAAGCAGCUCCUUGGCCCCCCCUCUCGUGGGCCAGGGCAGGUCAGCUCCCAUCUUCAGCAGAGAAGAGCGGACGAACAAAAUCCUCGGAGGGGUGGGGGCCCCAGUGGGGAUGAUAAGGGACUUUCUGGGAAGUGGCCACUGUGAAAGCUUGUUGGUUUUUUUUUUUUAAUUCCUUCCCUUCCCCCCCCCCUCCCCGGCCCAGCACAGGCCCUCAAUUGGAACAGGCUUCCCUUUUCCAAGGUGCGUAAAGGAAAAGGACACCAGGGUUUAUAAUGUGAACUGUAACAGUCUACUGGUUUAUUUUGUAAUAUUUUUUCUAACUGCAGUUUUAACUUGCAGGAAGCCACAUUCUGCAAUAGUUCUGAUUUUAAAUCCACAGCUAGAAUCUGUAUUUAAUUUCAUCUUUUUUAACCUCUUGCUUUUUUUGAUCUCUAUUUAUUGAUGCGUGUUGCCACGUCGCCAUUAUGUUUUUACAUUGGUAGAAUAUUAAUAAAAUACACAUCCAAGUGCUUUCAACAGUAAUUUGUACCUGCUGACUUGUAGGAAAGCUGGCUAUAUAUGAGUGUGUGUGUGUAUAUAUAUUAUAUAAAUAUAUACAUGUAUACAUAGAUACAAUACUGCUUUUUUAUUUUGUCUACGAUCUUGGAAGAGUCUGACUGGCGCGUGAGGCGAAUGCUUGUUCUUAGUCCAUCUGUUCAGGGUCCAGGUUUCCUCCUCAUGAUGACGUGUGGUGUGAGCAUCCAAAUCUCUCUUCCUGAAGUCAAAGCAAUAUUCCUCGGGAAAGGGUCAGGUGAGCGGCCGGGCACAGCCGCGGCGUAGAACUUUUUGGAGACCUGAUCUUGUCGUAGGCUUGUGGUUAGUUCCCACUUCCAGCCUUAUCCUCCUUCAGAGAAACUGUAGUUGCCUUUGGUGCUUUUUGAGCUGCUAUCCCACCUGUGGAUCGAUCUCUAAGGCAAGCGGUUGCUUUUCGGGAACGCGCGGUCCGGGGGUGGCCGGCGGUAACGGCUUCAGCAAGCCUGGCCACCGCGUGUGUUGCUCACGAGCUCAGUGUGCUGCUUCUUGUACCUUUUAUCCUGUUGACAUGGAGUUUUUUUGGAAGCUCUCGUAGCAGCCCUGUAACUGUUAAAAGCCCUGCCCCCUCUCUCUCUCCUGAUGCACAGGGGGGUUCGGGAAGGCAGGAGCUAUUUCAAGAGGUGAGCGACCACCUGCCGUGAAACUGAUAAACCCUCAUGUUAGACCCCUCAGCAAUUUGCUGUCGGGCACACACUAAAAAGUAAAUAAAGGCUUUAAAGCUUUUAGCUGUCGUUAAAUGCUGGCUGGCUGCAAAGGAAAGGUCACCCACGUUCAGAAACAGAAGGCUUUCCAAAUCCUUACAUGUGACUUCAUAGAAAGGGCUGAAGAGCAUCUUAAUGCAAGAGCUCAGCUAGUCAGUGUCCCAGAAGGUAAGUGAAGGGGCUUGGUUGACCCAGUGAUCCACAUAGAUGCAGGAGACUCAAAAAGUAGGGCAGCAGCAGGGAAUGGAUCUGCUGUACAGGCAAGACUGCUGAAGCAUUGGCCACAGUCGCUGUUAUUUGGAGGCAGUAAAUUACCCAGUCUUGAAAAAGAAACAACAGACAGACAAAGUAAGUAAUAAUAAUUAAGAAAAAUUGCUGCUUGUGCCAGGAAAUGUGGCUUUUCUUCUUUUCUUCUUUUUAUCUUCUUGUUGGAGACUGGUGGAGGGGAGUUAAGAGCUUUUCUGUGUGUGUCUCGUGUGUCUGUGUGUGUGUAUGUGUGUUAGGCUGGGGGGAGGGUCGGGGGCACCCCUCUGAUUUUAUUUCUUUUUUUUCAAGGAUCAUGGCAAGACCACACACUCUUUUAUACAAGUUAGAUCCAGGUCUUUGAAUAACCUUUUUUUGUAAAUAAGGAAAAAAAAAAAAUUAAAAAAAAACAACCACCAACAACAAAGAAACAAAGCUCCUCACCAAAUUCAAGCUUGUACAUUAUUAUUUUGGGUUGUUUUUGAGUUUUUGAGUUUUAUUGUUUUGUAUGUAAAUAUGUGGACCCAGGAACUGUUAUUAAUGAGCAAAAAGUUACCGUUCAGGGCAGUGAUUCUGUUUAAUAAUCAGACAAAAUGUAGACGAGCUUUUUAAAGCCAUAUAGUUUUAACUCUGUACAGUAGGUACCGGCCUGUAUUAUUGUAACAAUAACUCUAGCGAUGUAUAGUGUAUCUAUAUAGUUUGGAGUGCCUUCGCUUCCAUGAUUUUUUGAAUUUUAUUUCCCUUUUUUUCCCCCCUCCCCCCCCCUCCUCUUUUAUUAACAAUGUCUCCCACCCAAACCCUCAUCUUUGCUUCCCCUGCCCCCUCCCCUUUCCUCCCCUCCCACCCUGCUUUCUAACUCUCUGAGUGCUGUAAGGUUUUGGUGAUACCCUGAUCAGGAGCGGAACAAAAGGAAACCGUCUCCACCGUCAUCCAUUUCGUUGGAGCUGUGGCUUUGUUCUGGAUGUCUCCAAGUUGCCCACCCUGCCCUCUUCUCCUCCCACUCGCAGCGACCGGUUUCAUUCGGACACUUGCCCUAGCAGCUCAUUUAGACUUUGCUCGUCUCUCCCCUCUGAUCCUGUGCCCACAAGUUGUCUGGGCAGCAGCAGCUUCCAGGAGGCUCAGCCUUUCCACUCUCCCUGCGGCUGUGCCGGGGGCAGUGGCUGGGCCUGGCGAGUGGAAAGGACCCCCAGGGAGGGAAACCCCCCGUGCCCUGCAGGGAUGCUGCUCUCGGAGCCCUCUGGCCACGGUGGAAGCGGGGGCAGCGCUGUAGGAGACUGCGGUGUUUUUUUUCUGCCAGGAGAACUUUCCGUUCCCUUUCUUCUCUCUAUUUUUUCCCCCCACGUCCCUCCCCAAAGUCAGUUUUGUUUUCUUGAGAUAAUAAGUUUAACAUGACUCUUGAUUUCUUGUGCCCAGCACGAAGGCCUUGUUUCUAAAACUAGUUUGCUUGUGUUUUACUACCUUGUUAGUAUUCCACAUAAGAUUGUCUUGAAUGGGAAAACACUUAACUCUUUACCAAACCAAAGGUUGCUGUUUUAUUUCGAAGCAUCUCGUGUUCAUUCCGGUGAAGCAGAGGCUGCACUUUCUUUCUGGUGACACAAAGGUCAGUGAUGCCAAGCUGGCGGCAGCAGUCCGCUCAGAGCUGCCCUUCUCUUCUUUUACUCUUUCGGGCUUGUUUUUAACCCAGUCUGGUCUUGAUCUGUCCUUUUACAUCAGCCCUGCCGUGGGUCUCUGAGCCGGACUUGAUCGCAGCCUGUCUCCCUGACGGACACCCAGUCAAGUCGCUGGUGUUCUUUCAUAUGAAAUGUAUCUACCUUGCUAGGGAAAACAAAACAAAAUGAUCACAUGCUCAAGAAAAUUGGCUGGUAGAAGAUCCCCGAACACUUUGUCCCCUUAUUUUGAAGCCAAGCUUUACCUUCAAUAACGGCAGGUGCCUGCGACUUGCAGCUUAAAAUUUCCCCCAGUUUUCAAUACUUGGAAAAGUAGAAGUCAAAGCAGCCUGUCAGACUCAUCCUCCUGUACAAGGAACCUCAGCCACCGCAGAGAAAAAGGAAAAAAGCCGAUGAGGAAAAAGCACAGUAGGGCAUUUGGUCCAGGCUCUGCCUUUGGGAGAAGUGCCAGUGGGUGCCCCUGAGGUGGCAGCUGAUUUCCAUGGGGCUCUCAACCGGUUCUGGUCGUAGUUGGCUUCGUUUUGCAACACUGCAAUAACAGCAAAACGACAGGAAAGGAAAACAGUACCUAAGGGGUUAGCUCGAGAAAAGUAGCUUCCUUGUGUUGGUCUUUCUCAGUUUAUUUUUAAUAUAUAUAUAUAAAAUAUAUUUAUAUAUAUAUAAUUUGCUUGCCUGUAAAAUUUGCGUUCAUUAAUGUGUUGCUGAUGGAUCACUUGGGCCUGUACACACCAAUUAGCGUGACCACUUCCAUCUUAAAACCAGAAAUCUAAAAAUAUAUAUAUAUAUUAAGGACUGUGGGUUAUAUACAAACUAUUGCAUACACUUGUGCAAUUCUGUCUUGAUUUAAAGGAAAAAGCAAAACCUGUAUAACGUUAUUACUACUUGAAUGCCUCUGUGACUGAUUUUUUUUUUUUUUCAUUUUAAAUAUAAACUUUUUUUGUGGAAAGUAUGCUUAAUGUUUUAUUAUUUCCCUCGCCCCGUUCCCCUUGUAAAUACGUUUUGUUCUGUGUGACUCGGUUCGGAAAUAGUUAACUGGUACUGUAAUUUGCAUUAAAUAAAAAGUAGGUUAGCCUGGAAAUGAAAUUUAAAAAAAAAAAAAUACCAAGUGUGUGGUCUUUAUUUCAAAAACUUGCCCCUUUCUUCUCUCCUCCUCUCCCUUCUCCUCCCCAUGUACCUCACCCUCACGCCUCUUUCCACUCUGCAAGAAUAGGUGGACGUGAAUCUUCGUCAUAAUAAUGAAAAAAGAAAAAAAAAAAGACAAGAAAUAAGCAUGUUUUCUUAAAUGAGCUGUGUAAUUCCAUGCUGUUUUUUCAAGAGAUGCCGGCUUGUCUGUGAUACCGUUUGAUUUGAUGGAGAGAGGAAUCCUGGGACAUCAAUAUUUCAAAUUUAAACCAACCGAUCUUCCUUUACCGUCCACCUAUAGACAUUAACUUAAAAGAACCUGUGUAAACUGCUGGCUGUUGAAUCCUGCACUCAUGGUUGUUUGGGGGUUUUUUGGGUUGUUUUUUAGGUUUUGUUUUUUUUUAAAUCAUCGUUUGAUCCCAUUAGUAAUGUUAUUUGGUGGUGAUCUGUAAAGUUUGUCAAGACCACGUCCAGUGGACCGUUCCUCCAGCAAAUCAGCACGUAGCUAUCUCUGAGUUGGGUUUCCAGUACUGGAUAAUGUAUGUAUUAAACAUGACAUGUCUUAUUAGCGCAACAGAAAAAUGAAAAAAAAAAAAUUAAAAAAAAAAAAGCAACAAAAACGAAUAAAAUCCUUUUUUUGGGCUGGCUGACCUGGCCAAAUCCAUUCUGUCGCUAUCCUAAAGGCUAGAUGCGAGGUCAUGUGACUGCUGCUUCAAUAAAAACAAAUUUAUAUUGCA